AUGGCGACACCGAGUAAGCGAUGAUUCAUUUUCUUAUUUUAUCUAUACCCUCAAAUGAACUUAAGUCGUGUAAUUAUUUACCAUACUGACAAGACAGGCACUAGCCAAAAGUCCAGAGAUAAAAUUGUUUGGUGAAAUGCCCUAGCAGUCGCUUGGUAAAUCGAGAUGUUUUUUGGCUUUAAGGGUGUGCGGUAUUUUUCCGAAAGUGUAGGCUAUACCCUUUUAGGAACUAAGCAGGACAAGAGUCUUACCCUCAACCAACACAGCGAAUUUCACAAGACGAGAAAUGACGCACUGCAUGCCUGACCUUGUUUCAAACAACUUCAUUUUCCUGUGCCGUCAAGCUGUAGGUUCAGAAACAAGCAUUAAUAAGGUGAUACCGACAAAGACAAGGGAGACUGGAAUGGCCAUUUCUGGCUUAUGAGCCGUCAUCAGCCAGUCAUACCCAACCCCAAGUGUGGAUCACUUGAAAUUCGAACCCGGGAUCUUUGGUCAUGGAGUUUGACGCUCUCAAGUGAUCCAUACUUGGGGUUGGGUAUGACUGGCUGAUGACGGCUAAUAAGCCAGAAAUGGCCAUUUCGGUCUCCCUUGUCUUUGUCAGUAUCACCUUAUCAACAUAUACCACUAGUCGCUGUGCGACUGCCUGCGAGGGUUUAAGUAUGAGCCCCAAGGCACAACAGAACGAGCAUGUUCUGUAACCUGAUCGGUGAGCGCCCAUCUGUCAUAAAAGCAUUUAUGUUUAACCGUUAUACCCCAAAGUAAAUUGCACACUCUACACUUAUGAUAUGCGCUAUGAAAUCUAACAUUCUAUCACAGCAAGCAUAGACAUAAAAAAUUAUUAUUUUAAUUAAAUCCAAUUGUAAAAACCUCGAGGCCUUAUUGGGUUCCGAACCUAUGACGGCAAGAGUAAGGCUUGAGCGGAUCCAGAGCUCUAACCACGGAAACUAAAAUGCUUCACUCGGAGUUGUGAGUUGAAUUAUACUUAGGUAAAGUUACCUGCUCAGCCUACUGCAACGUAUGGAAUUCAUCAACCCUAAUACAGUAAGCUGACUGCCCAAGUACGAGUUCUUAAGUAAUAAAUCUAGAAUCGUCCAAGUCGAACUAGGCUCAAUUGAUCAAUUAACGUCUUUGGCAGAUUUGAAUAAUUCAUUUGACUGAAUCGUGAAAAACUCGGCGUCUAACGAUUUCACCACUGGGUCAAAGGAAUUAUUCAAAUAAACCAAAACACCAAUUAAUUAGUGUUUUGCUAAAAUCAGAAUUUGCCAAUCCCUUCCUUGCAGCCAUGGCUGUCCUUUGUACGAAUUUACUGGACCAGGGUUGCUAAUAGUGUCUGCGACGAAUGAACGAUGAAUUUCAUUUUCUGAAGUUUGACGAGUCAAUUACAAUUAUAGUCUGUUGGUAUAAAUGAUGUGGUAAAUUAGGGACUGCACUGACUAAAAUAAUUAACGGCAAUCAGACGGAGAAGUUGGCUUUGGAACUUGUGUAAAGUCUCCUUUCGGCUGGUGAAUGACUGAUAAUACCGAGGAUUUUCACGUAUUGCAACAUUCAUUGGUUCUCAACAUGCGUCCAUUUACACCCGAUAACUUUAAAAAAGCACGUCCUUCUGUGCAAAGGAAUGUAAUGGUCUCCAAUUGUGAUCUUUUAAUUUUGGUAUCUGAAAUUCGAGAAGGUUUCACUUGUCAGGUAUUUCGCUUCAAUGUUAACUUCACCCACGGAGACGUGGUAUUCUCGCAUGUACGAUGCAGCAGAUCUUGGCAAACGAGAUUAAGAUGUCGGAAUGUCGUGAACUUCUUUGUGUCAGAUAAUAUAACCCUUGUUCGAAUGGUGCCUCCCUAGUUUAAACCAAAUUCAAAUGCUCAGCACCGCCACAAGGCACGUAGAUUGGCAGAAAACCCACUCACCUUAUGCACUCCGAAACAUUUUAUUUAUAAAAAUGCAUCAACAACCUCAAGUAAUCAGGACCCAGUUAAAUUGAAGCCUGUAAUUUACUUCCUCCUCCAUUUGCUGCAUCUGACUCGCGUACGAAGUAUGAGGUGAUUAUGUGAAGUUUUGAUAGUUUUAAAGAAAAUUAUUUCUAUUAAAAUAUAAAGUUUGAGGCAGACUGGUUGACGUUCAGCACACUUAUGAUCAGAGUGUUUCAAAUGACACAGCAGAAAGAUGGGACCGAAUAUUUGUGAAAGACCACUUCAAGGAGUUAGUAUUGGCUUGUCAAGCUAGUUGAAAUCCAGAAUCCUUAGGGAUUUGUUGCCGUGGAGAAUCCAGCUCGUCAUUAAUUCAAGUUCAAUCGAUUCUGUCUGCGAUCAGCUUCUACUCACUUUUCAGGUUAUGGCAAUUAUCCUCUUUGUGGAUCUGAGUCCGGUUGAAAGUAUUCAGCGGGCUGGCCUUCACUCCAGACAUAAAGCAAAGCUGCAGGAUCUAGUCAAAUUAAUAUUAAACCCCUGUGCAGACUGCUUACUUAAUAAAAACGCGUGAACGGACCAAUCACCGUUACCUCGACAGUGUAUUGGGAUUUUAAGCCGCCUCGAUAUGGUCAGGGACGUUCAUCUAGCCAAACGUCAAGAUAGCCAUCGCUUUUGCCGACGACGGGCAAUCGCUUUCCUGCAUUGAGCAGAAUAUACAGUAUCGUUUAAAAUUUAAAUGCGUCUGAGCGUUCAGAAUUUUUAACGUGCACGUUGAAGCACUUCAAGAUGAUCUGUAAGUGAAAAUCUUUUGUCCGAUCUAAAGACUGAGCCAGACUUUUGACUUGGCAGUUCCUUUGACCGUGGGCCUGCAGCUAGACGCCCUUGGCUAUGUUCCUUGUAGACCUGAUGAACAGAAGAACAGAAAGCAAACUUCUUUGCAAGAAACCAAUCAAAAUCACGUUAGAUCUGAGCUUUGUAGACACAUCGACAUCGUGAAAUUAUUGAAGUCUGCUCGAUAGCAAUCUAUAUUUUAUUCACCGCACAUUCAAUUUUGUUGAAAUUCAACUUCUUCCAGCCUCUGUUAUUCAGUUUUCUGUGCGCUUAUUGACAAUCUGACAUGAACAGAAAAUGUCAUAGCUAUGUUAAGUACUGUCACCAUAAGACUUAGCGGCCAAAACGACGUCAUUCAAAGGACGAUUUUGCCGGGUAUGGGCACGUUUAUUUUUCCGUCCUAACCAAAGGCCGGAGAAUGAAUUGAUUUGGUCUUGGCAACAUGUACGAUUACUUCAAAGAGACAUUAAAUGCGACUGGAAGACCUUAAACAUUAGACUCGUCAAAUAAAAUAUAGGCCACGCAUUCUGAGCUGAAAACAUUCUAGUAUCCGCCGAAGUUUACGUUGAUCUUUGAAUGGGCCAAGUUGCUUUGACGCCCAGCUAGCAGCUCCAAUCCCAAGCCAACUUUUAAUUUGUUUUCCGUGUAUCCUUAUUUAUAAUCAGAUGACAAUGAAGUAAACCUGGAGACAGAGUUCUUAAAUACGCCAAAUGAUUAGUUUAUUGAGAGACGUUUGGCAAGAUCGGCGGAAUAUGGACUAACAACGGAUGGCAAAUGGCCUACCUCAUGAAAUAUUAACCGAAAUUUUAAAACGCAUUCACGAAUAGAACUAAUUUUCCAGAGGAGGUUGUAAUAUCGCCUCUUAUGCAGCAUAAUCUUGGUUUUUGACAAAAUUUAUUUCCGGCGCAUGUGAAAACCACACCCGGCAAAUAAUAGCUAAGGUUUUUAAAUUAUCCAUUGAUUUUGAAUGUCUUUGUGGAUCCAGCUAUAGUUUACGGAAAACUCUUACAAGAACAUUUGUUCCCGUACUCAGACAGUAGUACAUGAUACCCUUGUCAAAGAUAAUUCUCAAACACACGAUAUCUUCCAAUUUAAAGAAAGCCUGUAAUGAUGAGAUCACGCAGAACGUAAAACGUUCGUUUACGCAGUAUCGUUUAUGAUGUGUACAUGACUCAUAUCCAUCGCAGAAUUUUAUGAGAUCUAUAUGGUAUCUUCUUAUUAGUUUGGAGAAAUGGAGAAUCCCAGUUAGGACUAUGUGACUUGGACUUGCCACUGUAAAUGUGAACUGUGGAGCGAAUGGUUCUUGGUCGCAGGCUCGUAUCUUGAGCCGUAAUGUCCGGCUGCAUUUUAAUCUUGGCCUUUCUUUGGAGGCGUUUCAAAUAGUUCAGAGGUCGCCAAUUUUAGUAAUUUGGUUUUCGACUAAUUUACUAAUAUUGCAUACAUCUCCUCACAUAUUGACUGUUUAUUUUCGAAGAUUUACUUUUCACGUUUGUGGUGACAGAUCUUAUCUUACAGAUAAGAUGCACAACGCACUUGUUAGUUAUGUUACCUUUACAGGAUGUAAAGGAGUGUUUUCGGUGGUAUUGAUUAUAGUUUUCAAAUAUUCGCAAGUCCGGAAUACCAUACCUUCCUAAUAACGUCAUAGUCCAACAUGCUGUAAUGUAAUCCACAUAUAUUGAAAUGUAUCAGGGAUAGUAAUGGGGACACGCAAGGUUAGAUGGGCACAGGUUAAACAAGAUUCGUAAUAGCAGUACCAAAAAGACAAGGGGGACUGGAAUGGCCAUUUCUGGCUUACUAGCCGUCUUCAGCCAGUCAUACUCGACCUCGAAGUGUGGAACGCCUGGGGCCCGAUUCCCAGGCGAGGACGUUGAACUUCUAGUCAACGGGUCACGGAAUCGCGCCCCAGGUGCUCCACAUCUGGGGGUCGAGUAUGGCUGGCUGACGAUGGCCAAUAAGCCAGAAAUUGCCAUUCCAGUCUCCCUUGUCGUUGUUGGUAAUGCUAUUCCGAAUAUAUCACGCAUCGCGUCGCGGCUGCUGGUUGGGCUCGAAAAAGAGCCCAUAAAACACAAGGGGAUUAGUGAGUUCCGUAUAAACUAUCGUCAAGCGCCCCGCUGCCAACAUACGUAAUAAACUGUUUUACAACUUUAAAAUUACACGAAAAUACAGGUUAGGCCUAACUGAAAAAAUUGUUUAUAUAUGUUCUGGCAGAGGAUAGGGAUUUUAACUCUCCGUAAUACAGCUGGCUCUGUACUAAAUGCGAGAAAAAUAUUGUUAAGGUUAGUUGUAGGGCUAGGUUUCAUGCUAGGUUUAAAAGACGGGAAUGGGCACCAAUUCCGCUGUCCUCCCAGGGGUAGGCUCAUAUACUAUAUCCUUAUUGGUUUUACGUUGUUCGCAUAUUAGUAAGCACUUUAAAAAACCAAAUAUUCAACUUUUAAAUAGACAUAAGUACCCAUAAAUUCAGGGACUGAAGCAAAUUUUUCGACUUUUUUACGGCGUACACACAGCCAUUCAAAGGCAGUUGAACGAGCGAUGCCCUUGUUAAUGAAUAUAGUUCACCAAGAUAAUUUUCAUAGCAUUAUUUUCCUAUUAUGCAGUCUGCCAUUCAGGAAACAUCGGGGGCUAAUAUCACCACCAUGAAAAUCUAUUGCAAAAUGUUGACGAUUAUGUUAGAAGUCUCCAGCGUCCACAAGGAAAGACAAUUUUUCCCGAAUAACUAAACGCUUACAAUCUCCAUGGUCGAUUUUAAGGUAUGUCCUAAUAGAAGCGCGCGUGAUCUAAGCACGGUCUCUUUCACCAGUUUACCCCCCGCUAUUUAGACGCUCCUAUUUUAGGCCGGUUGUCUAGAGACGGCCAUAGUGAACAAAGUUUACAAGAAAGUUGUAAUUAUGUAUAUUACUAGGGUACACUCUUCGUCGUCUUCGGAAAACAGACCAGACGCAUAAACUAAGACAUAGAUAAGACCAGUGUUCUACAACACUGUUUGAAAAAUCGCAUAGAGGCAACACAACACCGACCGAAACAUAGAUUGGCUGCCCAAAUAAAAUGCAACGACAAUGUCUUGUAUGCAUUUUAUAAUAAUAAAGGUUUAAAAUCACAGCAAGAGAUCCUAUAUAUUUUUACUAAAUGCAUCGCGGACUGCUUUAUUUUGGAUGCUAGAACAGUUCCUAGUUCCUUACUCAUUAAAAGAACAUCGGUAGCAAGGCUUGUCAACUAUAGGGGGAUUGCUUAAACCCUGCCCAAUACUGACGUAGGACACAUGACUGAGGUGUAUUGGAAACUGCCUAGAAUCUUCUGCUAAUUUCACAGGCAAGCAUUAUCAAACUGCGCGGAAACGUUCGGUUUAAAGGCUGACUUUCAAACAUUUUGCACUGGAAUUUACUCAUUUUGGUCUCUUCACGUGGUCGCUGAUGUGUGUGUGUGUGGUGAUCUCAUUUCAACAAAAUGUGAAUGCGCAGGAAAGCACACACACACACACAUACGAUCGUUAGGUGAUGACUCAUUCGGCGACUUUGGCUGAUGCAUACGAAAUGAGUCUAGCAUGCUCGUUUACGGAGGGCGACAUUUGGCAACUACCGGACUGAGCCCAGAGUCUUAAUGUGGGCUUCUGAUAAAUGCAAAUCUGCUCUCGCUAAACACAGCUCUCGCCAACCUGUUUGUUCUCAUUUAUUAUGCAAGUAUUGUCCUGGACAAUCAGUAGUGCCACAAAGAUUGCACUUCAUCAUGCCAAGUUCAGAUUUCCAUCUUCCUGUGUUCGAGGAAUCAGGAAGUAGGAAACCGCUUAAGAUGCUUAAAAUAGGGAAGGAAUCUCCAUAUAAAUCGGGGUUAUCCGAAUAUAGCCAUCCGCAGAUAUCACGAUUUCUCGAUAAGCUCUCUAUCGGCAACGCUCUGAAGGAAAUAGCCGGUCUUCCAGCAAAUAUGUGAUAUUCCUUGUUUGUUAACCGGCGAGGCGUUUACAAUUUUGGUGCGAAGGAUAGCCGCUUUGAAAGUUGAGGUUCAAUCGCGAUUUGUGAAACACCAUACUUACGAAAGAUGAGUAGAAGAAAUAAACUUUCUUACAGUAAAUCAUGAUUCAACUACUGCAUUCCCUAUGACAGAGUAGGUAAAACAGGUAAUACACACGGACAGAAACGUAUUUAUUUUCAAAACAGCAACUAGUCACUUGUCUCUUUUUUCAGUCUCUAAAGUGCCUUUAAAAUGUCACCUCACAAAACGGAGGCGAAAUAACAAAAACCUGCUUUAGAAUAUUUGUGAAAGACACGGCCAAUAUUUUUCGUGUUCGACAAUGCUGUACACAAGUGCAAUUUUAUUGAAUGUAUACUAUAGACUCAAGCUAGUUUAUUUUUUGGAUGCGGGAGAUGGGCAAAAAGGACAAAAGUGAUUACUUUUUUUACUGCGAUAUACGAAAAAAUUUAGAAUCAUGCAGCCACAAACAGCUCGCUGUAGGAUGGGAUCGACUUAUUUAGCACCCGAAUUCACACAGUAAUGUUGGUCAUGCCGUGUAAGAGUUAUUCUUUUCAUUGUUUAUAUAAUAAAAAUUUUGUUCAAGCCUAUCAUAAGAGGAGGAAACGCCUUUGAGGUUUCAUGUGCACUUGUACCAAAUUACUUCCGUCAGUCAAUCUUUCCGCGCUACGGACGUACCUUUCUGCAGUCGCGGAUCAAGAGGAGAAAACUUCUAGCUAAGUAAACAUGGAGUAUUUCUGUUAAGUCUCCAGUGGUUAGUUUAGCAUUUGUUCACAAUCCAGCCGUGCCCUACCGAUAUGCAGACUGAGACAGUCCAGCUGAUCUCUGAACGAAAGAGCACAUUCCGUCGGUCAUGGCUGGCAAAGUGCGCCUUCAACCGUUUCAGUGCAAGCUGUUUAUAGCCUGAACAAGCCGUUUUCGUUUGCAGUGCACUUUUGAAUCGGCGUCAGAAAAGUCGCAUAAAUUUACCCCCUGAGGAGAGUGUCAGCUGGUGACAGAACAGACAAGGCAACUGACAACAUGAAAUUACCAUCUGAAUAACUUUACUUUUACAUUAGUUUUAUUUGACGCAUAGACUGAUAGCUAGAAUCUAUGAUUUGGUAAAACAGGUUAAUAAACUGAUAAUAGUGGCUAUUCUAGAAAACUUUUAAAAGUGCCUACCUUUAACCCUCAGUGAUGUGAAUAAACAGUAAGGAUAUGCAAAACCGCCUUUCAUAGACCAGGGGGUUUGACUUGGAGAAUUAUCACUUCGUUUUCCUCAGCGGGAUAACGGGAUCUCACUACAUAAACGCAGAGAACAUGAGAGAUUAAAAUACACUGAAGGAAAUUUUGUCGUCAAACGAACUAUUUGUUUCCAUGUAAACCACCUUACCUGCAAAUAUUUAAAAGGAGAAACAAAAGCCUUCUGACACCUGUAAGCAGAUUCACUUAACGCGAAAUGGCACCUGGUGUGGAAUUUCACUUCAGCGGAAUAUAGAAGGUUGGUUUGUAUUCGGCAGUAUAUUGUGAUAAAGAUUGUUAAUUUCAGGUAUUUUAUUCUCGGAAUUAGGAUGCUUAGAAGACAAAUAUAAAAGUAAAUCCGUUGUACCUCGUAAAAAGUGUUAAAAUUAAAGACAAAGGAGUAGCCGAGGCAGCAAGCACAGAGAAUUCCCAGAGUAAAAACAAGUUUUACGUGGUAAGGUAAAUGCGCUGCAAAGACGAAGGCUAAAUGACAGUCAAGUCAGGAUCAUAAAACGAGCUCAAGUGAGCAAAUUUGGAGAACGCCGAGAAUGACUUUUUACUGAAAAUUUUUAGGCAUGUUUUCCGACAAGCAAGGCACUUUCACUGUGACCUGUUAUGACAGAAACUUCAACGCUAUUCGAGUGCAUAAACCGAAACGCACAAACAGAACUGGCGAAAAAGGUCUCAUUUUUUAUGCACGCGUUACACUGCACCUUCGGUGUCACAAGUCCCCAAGGCGUUUUGCUCAAAGGACACCUUGUUUGCUUCAACUCUGUUUUCGUACAUGUAAAAUCGGAAAACAAUUCUCAUCCCCAGUGACUCUACGUGACUCAUUUAUGAUAGGCAAAUAUUAAAAGCCAGCCCCAAAUGCAUUUACGACAACGUGGAAAAAACGCCCUCAGACUUCGUAGCGUAAACUGAUAGGUCAGGGAAAACAGGUGAAGUACCUAUCCCAUUGUAAUAAUACAAACCCUAACAUUAAUGCCAACUUUUAUUCUAACACAGACCUUAACCAUAACCCUAGUUUCUAUGGAACUUAGUGCAUAGCCACCUGCAUUACAGGAUUUCCUAGUCCUGUGGUCUGCAGGAAAAUCUUUACAGUUUCCAUUUGUUCGACCAGACCAAAGAGCUUAUGCACAAAUAUAUAUAUAUAUAUCAGGCGCGAGCGAGAGGGACCUAUUUAAACCGUGUAAUUUUCUAAUAUUUCCUAUCGCCGAUGAUGCGCUCGAGUAUGAGUGUGAAACGUCAGAUGAAUAAAUCAUCAUCCUCAGAGCUCGCCUUACCAUCUUCUUCAAUUUCAACACCUGGGGUCAGCAUUUUCGUCUACAUCCAUAUAUAUAUCUAUAUAUUUAGAAAGAUGAAGUUCUUUGGGAAACAGAAAAAUUUUAUUGUGAAUUUUCGAGACUGGUUCCCCAGCUCGUCUUCAGACAAUGGGUGUGCAAAAACAAUUAACUUUUAGCCUGAGUCUAGCACACCCAUUGUCUGAAGACGAACUGGGGAACCAGUCUCGAAAAUUCAUAAUAAAAUUUUGCUUUUUCCCAAAGAACUUCAUCUUUCUAAUUAUAUUUCUUGGGAUGCCUGUUUUUCAAUUUAUAUCUAUAUAUAUAAUGGUAGGGGGCGCUCACCGAUCGUUCAUACGGAACUCACUCGUUCCGUUGUGCCUUACGGGUUCUCUCUCGAGCCCAACCAGCAGCCGCACAGCGGCGCAUGAUAUAUAGGCAGAAUGCUAUUACCGACAAAGACAAGGGAGACUGGAAUGGCCAUUUCUGGCUUAUUAGCCUUCGUCAGCCAGCCAUACCCAAGCCCGAAGUGUGGAACGAUCGGUGAGCGCCCCCUAAGAUUGUAUAUUCCCGAACGAAAACCGACAGGGCAGCGGGCUCGUGGGACGGGGGGUAGAGGCGUGGACUUCUAAACCAACAGGUCGCGAGUUCGAGGCUCGGGUUUUCCACACUUCGGGCUUGGGUGUGGCUGGCUGACGACGGCUAAUAAGCUAGAAAUGGUCAUUCCAGUCUCCCUUGUCUUUGUCGGUAAUAGCAUUCUGCCUAUAUAUAUAUAUAUAUAUAUAUGUCAGUCAGUCAGUUUAUUCGAGGGAAAUAGGCUUACGCCUUUGAACUCCCUAUUUGUACAUAGAAAAUCGAUAAAUCAGCAGAAUGUGAAGAAAUUACGGCAGUUAGUGUAUGCAGGCAUUGAUUCAGAUAUGACAAUGGUCUCAUGGCUAAAAAGUCACAUAGUCCGCUUGGUGCUGUAGCAUAUGUCUGUCAAGUCGACAUUUAAAUGUCGCCACAGAUUGAGACAUCACAACCGUUUCGGGCAGAUUAUUCCACGGUUCCACGACACGGUUGGAGAAGAAAUAUUUUCUCACAUUCAAUCUACCCUGGGGCACACGUAGCUUGAAGGGAUGUCCCCGGAGGUUAGUUGUUGUGGCGAGUUGGAAAAAGUCAUCGCACCGAAGGGCGCAGUCCAAGUCACGCACGAUACGGAAAGUUUGUAUCAAGUCUACGCGCAACUGCCUAUAACUCAGAGGAUAGAGAUUAAGGUUAGUUAAGCGGAUCUUGUAUGGCAGUGCACUUUGACCUCUUACUAAUUUUGUGGUUCGCCUCUGCACCCUUUCAAGCAGAUUGUAAUCCUGAUGUGUCCAUGGUCUCCAGGCCUGCAUUGCAUAUUCGAGGUGCGGCCUUACAAACUUGCCGAAGACUUUGGAGAAACAAUCUUCAUCGAAAACUGCGAAUGCCCGCUUGAUGGCAUAUAGCAUUGAAGUUGCGGCCUUGGCCGCCUUACAACAUUUCAUAGAAGGCUUAAGGCUGUCUGCAACUUAGACUCCGAGAUCUUUCUGCGUUUUUGCUUCUCGAAGUGGUAUUCCGUUCAGAUGGUAUUGCCGCGUACUAGGGGUCUGAUUUCCGUGGCGCAGUAUGGUACUUUUGGUCAAAUUGAAGGACAAGAACCAUCUGCGGAACCACUCGUCCAAUCGACAAAGAUAUGUAUAUAUAAAGGCAGUAGUUUAAGGAAUUAAGUGCAAGACACGGAGUUAAGUGCCCAGAAAUGACUUUGAGGGCCAGACCAGAACUUCAAUGAAAAUGUGAGCCAAAGACAAUUAACUAUCGUGGAAUAGCCACGCAAAGUUCAUCCUGCAAACAAAAGAAAAUACUUGUAACACUACUUGGUUUUGGGAUGGAAAUUUCGCGGUCAUUCGGCCGUACUUGAUUGUCUUCGAAUUAAAUGUUCGGUAAUAAUCGGGAGAUGGCACCCAAAAAAAUCCGCCUAACGAAAGCAGCCCGUCUUACGGGACAGGUGGUAAUAGGGGUUUUAUGGGUUAUAGCUGGUGGGGAUGUACGAUAAUAGCUGACAGAAAGCCUUAUUUGAACAGAUGAAUGAUCGAAGUUGGCCCGCUCUCUGUCCCGUUAUUACAACAUGGGUCGCCAAAGGCAGUAUAGUGGAAACGGACGAGCGGAAGGCGUAUAAUCGUCUUCCUUCAGAAGGUUAUCUACAUUUCUCUGUUAACCACUCAAAGAAAUUCAAGGCCCCUACCAUCGGACGGCACACCAAUGCCAUUGAGGCAUACUGGAGUAGACUGAAAAGGAAACUCCACGAGGGAGGCCCUGUAUGUGGUCAAGCUGUGUGGGCUCACAUAGACGAAGCGCAGUAUCGGCUUUGGUUUGGCCUCAAUGCCAUGUCUUUGACAGAUGCUUGGAAACUGUUCCUGUCCCAGUUUGUGCAGACUUAUCCUAUUUAAAAGUAGUUUUUUUGUAAUAAACUGCCAUAAUAAGAAUGUAUGCCGCAUAUUCAGGUGUAUGUGUGUACAGAUGGGGAAGGUUGGGUAAUAGCGACCAUCGUCCAUGUAACCUCCCACGAUGUUCGUUCGGCCAGCCCAUGUUAGGCCGUCGCGGAAAGUCCAAGUAGUGCGUGAAAGUAGGCCUGCAACCGCUGAUAUAGCAUGAAGGAGUUUGAGUCCACUGUUAGAGGUAUUUUUUCUAGGUAACGGAUUUUUUGGGUGCCAUCUCCCGAUUGUUACUAAAUGUUCUUUAAAAUUCCGGGUCCGACCCUAAAACGACAUGUCCCAGGCACAUCAUAAGUUCUGAAAUUACUACCUUGAUUUUUCUCUGGAGUUCAGGUGCCAGAAACUGCAUAGAGGACGUCCGGCGACCCACAGAGGAGCCGGGCCCCUCGCAGUUGUGUCACGCAGCAGCAGGAAAAGCAUAGGUGUGACACGUCUGAACUUUUAACUAGUAUCUAUGUCGAGAGUAUGAUAUAACCAUCGGUCAUAUAUAUGUACAUAUAUGGAUAACUUGUUCAUUUUUGCUGAAACUGCAAUAAAAAUGUUUUCUUAAACUUUAGACCUGUAGUGGCUUUUAACCACAUACGGCAUUUUCAGGGUUCCGCAUUGAACAUGCCUACUCUUUAAAUAGAUUUGGCCAUAUAUUUUUUUCAAAAAGACCGAAUUUUGUAACAAUUUAAAUAGUUUGGAUGUCACCUCUCCUGAAGUAUUGGACUUAACAGUACAAUUUAUGGCACCUAGAUGGAAUUCAGGUUGCAGACCGCUGCCUUAAAUGUUGCACUCUUAGUUGAUUUAUUCGACAAAGAUCUGCGUUUGAAAAACACACAGAGAAGAUAAACCAAGAAGUUUAGUCGCGCCUGAAAACCCCCUGGCGGUCCACCUCAGUCACCCUCUUGGCACGCAAGAGUUGACGGGUCACGGUGUUGGCAGCGCGAAGCGAACUAAAAACGAGACGAAACCAUCUGCACGGUAGGUCUUGUAAAGUGCUGCUGUUACUGCCCCGAGGGACUGUAAGAGGUGCCUGGUACGCCAGCAAUUGAGAGAACUGUGCUACAAAAGUUUACUGGAGACCCAGGGCCCGAAGAGGCGAGUCAAAGGUGUGACUGGACUUACAGGAGUGCACGACGCUUCAUUUAACCUGGCGUUGAAUUAGUUAACUUUCAACUCUAGUAUACCGUGCGGCAGCAACGGCUUGCAGAGCAUGAUGGCGCGCGACCUGUCAAUGAAGAGGUACGCCUGCAAACAAAAGGGUGCCUGCGGUUGCACCAACUGGGGUUUUGGUGUUGAACCGGGAUUUCAGCGUCUGCUUCCUCACAGACGGCCAGAAAACCUGACUAGAUCACGCCAAGACCCUGAAGAGACAGGUCUGGAUGAACGACACUUUUUUACCUUGCAUGACAAAGAAAAAGCUGCCUCAGAGAUAGAACAUAGUGCGUCGGUAUUGCAAAUUAGAACCAAGCUGACAGUUGUCUCAGCCUAAACAAGAGCUUAGUAUGUGUACAGUAGUUGUGCUAUCCCAGGAAACGUUAACAGAGAUUCCAAAAUAUGUUUCCGAUUCGGAAAUCUGCUUACAAAGUGUUCCAAUAUUUGUUGGCCUACAACGGUACUCUAAGAUAUUUCAGCUCAUCAGGAUGCCAGCUUUUGAAAUGACUUCGUUUCGAUCACCUGCGGGAAUCAUUUAUUUUAAAAUGCGACUACUUAGGUAGUAAGACACUUUCUCAUUGGUUUUCGAUGUCCUGACAAAUGGAACUCUAUUUUAUGGAAAACAUGCAAAAACAUUCUUGGUAGGAAUUGACAUUUUUUCCAAUGACAUUAUCGACAAAAACCAGAGAGACAGGAAUGGCCAUUUCUGGUUUAUUAAACGUCGUCAGCCAGUCACACCCAACCCUGAAGUGUGGAACGCCUGGAGUUCGAUCGCGCUACCUGUUAGUUAGAGGUCCAACAUGUCUAACCACUGAGCCACGGGCUCGUUGUCUUGCCGGUUGCAGUAAGGAACAUGCAAUGGUAAAGGGGGCGCUCACCGAUCGUUUCUACGGUACGACUGGCUGUCGACAGCUAAUAAUCCAGAUGUGGUCACUCCAGUCUCCCUUGUAUUUGUCGGUAUUACUAUUUUGCCUAUAUCAUGCACCGCUCUGUGCCUGCUGGUUGAGCUCCAGAGUGUCCUAAGGCACAAUGAGACGAAUGAGUUCCACGGAAACGAUCGGUAGGCGCCCCCUCUACCAUUUAUUUCAAUGUUAAACUCAGAGAAAAGGUACCCUCCACCUUUUAAGAGUUUUAGUUUUGAAAUAUUUUAGGGCUGUGAAAUGUACAUUGAAACAGUGCAACAUAGGCACGUUGAUUAAUGCUACUUAUAAAUUAUACAACCUGGCCUGCAUCCAUCGCAUGAUUUCUGUGCGCUAUUUGACGUCUUUCUAACAGCCUAGAUAAAGAUGUAAUAUUCCUUUGAUGGAAUGCAUACAGAAUGAAGUUUGGAAAUCUUGAAUGCAAGCAUAACGGCUGGUGGGACAAAAAAAUUAUUUGGAAAUUUAAAAUGUCUUCAAAAAACAAAAUUUACUGUCUCAUCAAGUGCAAACGUGAGAGUUGACGUAAUUUACCACCAAAUGAACGCACAAGACGACACUUUUGUGCAUGUUUUCUGAGAAUAUGAUCGACUAUGUAGGGGCAGCGAAAAUUGAUAAAACAAUUGCAUACUGCAUAAGUAGCAACAUGUUAAAAAAUAUAAUUUGUACAGACGGCCAAAAAGAGUCUCAUUCGCAAGUUGGCAUUCGGAAGCGACCGAAUCAUACUGCACGAUAAUUGACAUCACAUCCUUGCCUAAAUAUUAUUUUCGAAUCGAAAGAACAUUUCAGAAUUUUGGUCGACAUUUCGUAAGGUAGCACGUUUACUUUAAGUACAAUAAGAAAGCGUCUACUGCUCUAGAUGUCCGACUAACUGCCCUUUUAGGACUUAAUUGUGAUUGACUUACUGGAGAUCAGUUGUUACAAUAGCCGUUGUCUAUAGGACGUUUUGGAUGAGUCUUUUAGAGUUAACAGUGGGUGUAGACUAGAAUGUUUAAGAAGAUAUAUGCCAGGUAGUCUUGCUUGUACGUGCAGUAUUGAUUUCAGACAGUAAUUUGAUGAGCAGUCAACAGAAACAUUCUGUAGGCAAAACUGUCUGUUUUAUUGCCCAAAACAACCAGUAAAAUAAGUAAAAAAUUACUCUCCGACGGACCCUUGCACAGACGGAUCGAUCAAAGCACUAAGUGAAGGCUAAUUUUAAUUCUAAGCUAUUUUAUUUUGUCCAAAUCGCUAGAGAAUUUGGGUCGCUACAAGGCUUUUCUUGAGAAACAACUUUGAUCAAAUGUCUUUCCCGCAACUUAGAGCGACGGGUAUUAGGCUGUGGUUCGGGGUUCGAUAACUAACGCAUAAUUCAGGAAGCUGUUUUAGUCUGCAGUCUUCUUCCGACCCACCAAUUGCGCGCAACAAAUGCAAUUUGGGGACAGGUCAACAUGUGGAAGGGAUCAGAUCUGUUACAAAUCAUCUCAGCACGGCUUAUUCACGGUAAGUACAUCAAAACCAGAUAAGCCACUGUCCAGUGGGGGCAUUUGAGUUCUCUAAGUUUAUUAAAAGACCAAGGCUAAAGUCACCUUGCAAACAUUGCGAAUGAAGCGAGCAACUCGAUCGCAAUAAUAUUUAGCAGGCAGAUACUGGGAAGACGAUAUGUGUUUGCAGAGUCUGAGAGUAGUAUUCUCAUCGCGUGAGGUUUAACGUCUGUUUUCUCACUCUCCCAUAAACAGAAAAGGAUGCGUCAACAGAAUAUUUUGUCUGCUCAUUCUAAAACAGGUGAUUAUGUGCCACUUACUAUUACGUAACCUUCGAACGAUAUUGCCUAUCUACGUACAAAGUUGACUCCAAUAACGUGUGACUAGGAUAUACAAAUGGUGCUUUCGACAUAUUUUGAGAUGUUGAAGUUAAACGGUCUAAAGGUUAUUUAAGACUGUUAGAAUAAUGCCCUUUUAGAAGGCCGAUGCCACCUAGUAACAUGUUACAAGUGACCACUUAGGCAGCUUAGGUGAUUAUUCAUGACUCUCCUUCGUCAGAGGACAAGCGACUUCAUGGGCGGUUUUUGGGAGUAAAAAUCGGCUGUUUCUGCAGAAAGUGUAUUGGAUUAUAUUGGAAAAUAAUUUUUACAUCUUAAACCAUGAUCAAAUUGGUCUUAUUUCUCAAAUUUAAUUUGGGGCACAAGGAAUGCUAAAUUAUUCCGAGGGCAUCUUCAUAUACAAACUAUAUUGCUUCUAUUUAUUUGGUCUUUGCCAAAUAGGACCUAAUAUAAACCCGAAUCCUUCCUUUUCAGUAGGUUUCGGUUAGUCUUUUCUGCCGAAAGACGUGAUUUAAUUCUUCCUUUUGCACCCACAACGGUUGAGCUCAGCAGAUUAAAAGUAUAGAGUCGGUAGCAUACACUCCACUACUGUGAUACUAGUUAGAUAUCUAUUGAUUUACGUAGAGCGCCUAAUCAUCACAGCUCCUCCCUGACUCUCCUUAGUGUUUAUUGAACAAGUACUUAAGAAGCCUGGAAGAUUUUCUAAGGCAUGGAGCUUUGUCAAGUACGGGUUAACUUAAGUUGCUACUGGUUGUGUGACACAUCCGUAACGGUGAACAAACAGGCACAAUGGUCCGCGAAUCAUCAAAAAUCAUGUCUCUAAAAGCGCUCUUUUUUUUCUUGUGAAACUGCUUAGCACAUAUCGCCUAUAAAGUCAUCACACAUUAUUUUUGCGCUUUUAAUCAAGCCUUAAAACCACGGUCGUUUUCCAAAAAGGUAUUCAAAGAGUUCUAGUUGAAUGCAGUUAACUUCAGUGGGCAAAGCACAUCUUCACACUUCUCGGGCAAGCUUUUUUAUGUGUUUCGUACGAAAUUGGCUUCCCUCUAUACCCAAUACUAGUACUGGAAAAUAUAUAUUCUGACGGUGUAUUUAAAUGCAACAAUACAUAUAAGUAAUCAAUAUCGGCAUCAACCACACUUGUGCCAUCAACAUUUUCAAGCUUUUGUAAUAAUAUCGGGCUCUGAUUUAUUCCAUCAAGCACCAUUUACUAGAUCAUAAGAAGAUGAUUCUCCCUAUGUAUCCAUAUAAAGCAAUGAACACUUGGAAGUUUAGAAAUUAAAAACUUAUUUACAUUACCAUAUUGCAUUUCACGACGGAUUUUUUCCAUAUUUGGCGCAAAGUUCGAUAUCUUAAAACUGCCGAACCCACUCAAAUGUACUUUAAAUUCAUCCGAGUUGAAUAAGAAGGCUUGAUUUAAUGAAAACCAACUCGAAUGGACUCAUGGGUAGUCUUUCGAUAGCAGUCUUUUCGCUCAGCGUACGCUGUGGACCAGGGUAUGUGGUGGUAGGCCGAAGUGUGUGCGUUUGGGCGUCUCAGCCACCCGCGUUCUUUUCUAUUUCUGGUUUUCUUGACUCUGUCUUGACACCGGAUCUAGGUGGAGGAGGACGAGGCAGUGCGGAAAAUGCAGUGAAAGUUUACUAUCACUGUAGUGAAAUCACCCACAAGUCACCACCCAUGAUCUCACUCAAGCUUUGGAGCACACGGUGGGCAUCCUCGGUCAUAACGGUCGAGCUGUCGGUCAUUUGAUUGUCCCCAGGAAAUCACCGCUGCUUAAGCUUAGGCCUGCACAUUUUUACUCGUUUUUGAAAUUUAGAGACGUUUUUCCACAACCUUUUAAUGUAUAACAUACUUGAGAAAACGGAUGUGAACUUUCGAAUGCCGGGAUUACCUAAAAAUUGCUGGGUAUACAGGUGAUCCGAAAACCUUGUCUGAUAUAUCCUCGUGCAGCUAAAAGUAGGAAUAUUAACAUGAAACUAUUUGACAAAGCAUCAAUAUUCAUAAACUGUUCGAACUAGCCUUUUCUGGACAUGAAGGCGACUUUAUUAAAACAUCCACAGCUGAUUGCGAACACUGGAAAAUUGUUUUCGGAUUGCAAAUGAUCUGUACGCCCCUGUCUUAUGCGCGAACUUGUUACCAUGCCCGAAGAAGUUAUAAACAAUAUUUUCUGAUUACUUGUAGUGCAACUACCUCUUCCGUCUUCCUCUUUAAAGCUCACUUCAGCUUCCUCGUCGUCGUCAAUAUAUUUUACAUUUAACCAUAAACAGGUCCUUAUGCGUGGUAGUUUUACAUGCGGUUAACUUCAAAAGCUUUCGCUAUUACAGCCUAGGUUCACAAGAAUGGAAGUGGUUUGUUUUGGGUAAUUAAUCAGUAUUUGUCAGUUUUCCCUCAAGUAUGGAUCUGCGAUUAUAAUUUUUAACGGAAUCACUACUCAAUCUGAGGCCUACUUCCUAUUUUCAGAAAACGCCUGUUCCGUUUUUGCAUAUCCCGAAAAGUCAGAAAAUGUGUAAGCUCUACUUCUAUAGACGUUUGCAGCAUUUCUGUCAUCUCUUGAAUCCAGACGAUGGAAGGAAUACUUCGAUGCGAGUGACGCGUUGCAACAGAAGUCCUUACCGCGACUAUGUUCCCAGUAAUGCAUCGGAACUUGGAAGCUGAGCAUAACACCACCUUUUGUCUCGACUAAUUUAAACUGGCAAAACAGACUGCAGUACUGAAAUCUUGAAAUUGAGCGGGAAGAUUGUUUUAAACUUUUGUAGAAAAUCAACGGAAACCCUGGCUAGAUACUUAGAUUGCAUUCUUCACUCUGCCUAUGGGGCUUCGGGAAAAUGGACUCACUAGCCACAACAGCGAAGGACAGAGGGAGCAGUUCAGCGCUUGUAGACGAAGGGAAUUAGUAAUUUGGAUUUUUUGACGAACUACAUACUUGCUGUCAGCAAAAGCGGCCUCUGUGGCGAGUCCACUUUGGCGGUUACUUAUAUCUCAUAAAAAUGUGCUCCAUGAAAAUCGUCUACGAACUUCAAGCGAGCACAGGAAAACUCCGUAAGCGCACUUGAAGAUGGCAGCUGUCGGGUCGAAAACAGAGUUUUUAUUAGGGGAAUAUUUACGCUUUCUCGCAGAAUAAAAUAGCAUGUCUUUCAUUCCAUACGCUGGCUAACAACUUGUUCUCCACUAUUUUUCCCGAAGGUCCAGGCAUUGGUCAGCGUUUUCGACAGUUUUUCCAGUCAAAGAAGAUGUCAACUGGUUCAGCAGUCGAACCGACAUCCGGGACCACAAGGUCAGACGACAUCUUGCGCUCUGUCUAUGGCAUGCCAGCGAUGGAGCAGCCCACACUGGUGCCUAGUGCUUCUCGGCCAGUCCUUCCACCAAAGACGCCCACAAGCCCCCAGCGCAUCCUUCCCACUCGCCUGCCUCCGCUCGUUCGUCAGGAUCACAUCACACCCUUUACACCGUCCGCUUCACCAAAGUUUCGAGUGGUUGAGCCUAGCAGUCAAACAUUCUCGCGCCAGCGUCCACGAGACGUUAGCUCGGAGCCGGAUGCAGGCGCUAGACCGUAUGUGCGUUCCGCUUCUCUAGGUCCGCCUGCUGGUUCACAGCGGAUCGGUGGCUCCCUUAGUCAGAAUCCCGCAUCAACUGCACCAAGUAACUAUGUCUGGGAUGCCUGGGAACAGGCAGUAGUCGGUGAUCCGCGAUCGGUCUACCGGCCAUUCACAGCUCCCGGGCCCCCGAACGUGCUCUCUCCUGCUCAACUCUUCCCACAUAGGCCGCCUACGGUAGCCCCCGUUCCAUCCUGGGCCCCGCCAGUCUGGUAUCCACCGCCAGCUGGCUACUAUCCGGUGGGACCCUACUCCGCCGGCUUUCAACCCAGACAAUCCUUCGGUACUUUUCCGCGAGGUCCAAGACAGCGGACGUCCGUGGAUGCAGUGAUAGCAGCGGAUGCUCACGAGGAGCCGAUUAUUCCAACUACCUAUCAGGCUCCAAUGACCGCUGAGCAGACACCGCAGUCUUAUGCAAACGGAGCGAGCAGUCGUCGCACCUCAGCGGCCCGCAUGUACCCUGUCUCCACAGCGACUGAGGGUAAGGGCGACGCACCAACUGAUACGAGUAAGCAAUACAGCAUUGCACGGACCUCUCCACUCGAGACUGACCUAUCCGAAGGGACGACGCUUAGACCACCGUCAGAGGAGACGUCUUUUAGCAGGUCACAGUACCUGCGGCCUCAGAAGGCGACCAAUCAUUUGAAAACGACAAGUCUCCAGGCGCACGACGAAGAAUGGGAGGGCGAACAGCCGGAUCCGCAGCAGCAGCAGCAGGGGCACUGGCCACCUCUCUAUUACCUGCCGCCUCCACAAGGACAAAAUUAUUAUGCACCAUAUGGACCACCCGUGCCCGGCCUGAUACUAUCCCCCUACGGCCAACCUGUAAUGUCACCGAAUAGCUGGGCUACACUGCCGGCAGCAUUGAUACCACCGGAGGAAUACAGUCGACACAGUUCUGGUCGGCAUCGACACGCUCACCACCACAACGCCGGCGGAAGUCUGGACAGGUCCCGAAAAAGGCACAAUCGCUAUCGGACAAACGAUAGCAGCAGAACCCACCAGAAUGGCCAACGAAUGACUAAUGGGACACAGGAAGCCGGCGACUCCAAGCGACAGUUACGCCCGAACAGCGAAUCUGGCGCCUACGAUCGCAUAGAAAAUGUGCCAAUUUUGGAGCCAGCGCCCACGAGUCACAAGACGGGUGGGAAUCCAGUCAACUCCUACGAUGCAGUACCGAGACAGGGCAGAGGACCCGAGCGGGAGGUCAGCGCUGAGCGACAGGAGGAUGAGGUAAUUCAACGAAAAUUGCAGCAAAUCGAACGCGAACCCAGCUCUGAGGGAGGGCGGGUUUAUACCAGCAGAUUCGUCUUCAACAGCGGAAAACCGGUGUCGAAUGCGCCCCGUUACGACAUCCCUCUGCAGUCGACUCAGAAUCUCCGGUCCGCCAACCUGUCUUCCAGACAGAUCGAGCCUACUGUGGUUGCCAGCACAGUACCCACCAGCUCUCGAGCUUCCUUUUUGCAGUCUUCCUCGACUACUAGUUCGACUACGGACGCGCCAAGAACUGUAACUGCAAGUUCCACCGAAUACAAACAGGUUCAGCCACUUCACGUGCAGACUACACUACAGCCGCAGCAGCAGCAGCAGUCAGUCUUAAGUCCCCCAAAGGUCAGUGAACCGGGAUUAGUUUAUAACAGCCAGAUGGUGCGCGAUCUCAACAGGCGCUUUGUGCAAAUGUCUACCAGUCAGGCUCAGAAAUCUCCAUCGUCAGCAAGGCUACAGUAUCUGCAGAACAUCAGCUCACCCGCAGAACAGACAAAACAGGUUAGUACACCGGUUCACGUGGGUCGGGGACCGGUAGUUAAGGAGAUGGUUCAGCGAUACUCAGGAGGUGAAGCCUUCUUCCCCAACCAAAAUCGACAAGACGACACAUCGGCUGUAGAACUGUCAGAGCUAGACGAAGCCCUAGCCUCUGGUGAGAUCAGCUUCUCGGACGAGGUCGAUUACUCAUCAGCUAGGUGA